UCUAAAAAAGUAAUUUUAUUUGCACAAAUUCCACACUGCUUCUUCUUACUUUUCCUUUUUAUUUUCUCCCCCAUCAUUUUAUUUUGUGUCCAAACACACCGCUAUUCUCUCUCCUCUCUUCCAAAUUCAGAUCCCGUUCCAACUCCGCCGUAAGCACCGCCAUGGGCAAUCCACACAUCCCCGGCGAAGACCCGCCGUCUGGCCGCACCAACUUGGCGUCCUGUGUAGUCGCCACAGUAUUCUUAAUCUUCCUCAUCAUCGUCAUCCUAAUCGUCUUCUUUACUGUCUUCAAGCCUCAGGAUCCAAAGAUCGCCGUUUCCGCCGUCCAGUUGCCGUCCUUCUCCGUCACCAGCGGCACUAUCAAUUUCACUUUCUCUCAGUACGUCUCCGUCAAAAACCCUAACAAAGCCUCUUUCUCUCACUACGACAGUUCGCUCCAACUCCUCUACUCCGGUUCUCAAAUUGGAUUUAUGUUCAUUCCCGCCGGUAAAAUCGAAGCCGGUCAGACGCAGUACAUGGCAGCUACCUUCUCUGUCCAGUCAUUCCCCUUGGCUUCUCCAGUUGCCGCCGUUGGAGCUGGGCCUACCUUCUCGGGGGGAAUGAACGGGUACAGAGUCGGACCCAUACUGGAGAUUGAAUCGAAGAUGGAUAUGGCCGGUAGGGUUAGGGUAUUGAACUUUUUCACUCACCAUGUGGAAGCCAUAUCGAGCUGCAGAGUCGCCAUUGCUGUUAGUGAUGGAUCUGUGUUAGGUUUCCAUUGCUAAUUCUUCUUCUUCUUCUUCUUCUUCUUCUUCUGGGAAAUUUGGUCAGUUGGGUGUUCAGAUUCUCAUACUCUUUUAAGUGUAAAAAAAGAAAAAAUCAAAAAGAUCACGAGCUCUCUCUUGAGUAAUUUGUGCAAUUAAAUUACAAAGUGGUUCAUUCUGAUCUUA